AUGCAGACCUCUUUCUCCAAGCUGCAAACUACUCCUACCAUUUCCCCGUCUAUCACUUCGCUUCUUGCCCAGACUCAACUGGGCCAGGCUAGCAGCCAGGGCCAGGGUCAGACCCGCGCUUUCUCUGCUUCCGCCUCUCUUGGCGUGCGUCGCGUGACUUUCCGACCCUCACGAUUGGUGCAGAAGCGCCGUCAUGGUUUCCUUGCGCGCAAUAAGUCGAAGAAGGGCCGCCAGACUCUUACACGGCGCCGCGUUAAAGGCCGAAGGAAUAUGAGCUGGUAG